GAGGUUAAAAUUUUAGACCAUACCGUUCAAAAUUUAUUCAAAAAGGGCAUGGAGAUAUAUAGUGACACCACCUGUAUCGACUUUGUGGAAGACAAUAAUAGUAUGGCUUACAUAGGGUCAGCUGUCCAUGAGAUUGGCCAUGCUUUUGGAUUCUUGCACACAAUACAACGAAGUGACCGCGACAAUUACAUUCGUAUAGUCAGCCAAAACCUUGACCCACGUGAAACUAAAGAGUUCGUAAAAUCACAUCGAAAUUAUAUUGAUGUAUAUGGGAUGAGAUACGACUACGGAAGCAUCAUGCACUACGAUGAACUAAGGUUUGCACCAAGCGUUCUGGUUCAUCUCAUGAGAGUAGAAACACAACUUCCAGUGGUUCUAUUAACGGCCAGGCCACCAUUUUUGCGAGAGAUCCUCCCACCAGGACGUGGAGAAGAUCUGGUGGCGGCUAGUAAGAAACAAACGCUUUCCUACAGACUAGGUUUUGGACUCGAUCUCAGGGAUCAGUUCAUGUUUUGCAACUACGUGAUUAUGGUACAAAUCCCUUAA